AUGCCACCCAAGGACAAGAAGAAAGAUGCUGGAAAGUCAGCCAAGAAAAACAAAGAUCCCCAUGAACAAGACUGGGGCAAGGCCAAAAAGAAGUGGUCCAAAGGCAAAGUUUGGGACAAGCUCAAUAACCUGGUCUUAUUUGACAAAGCAACAUAUGACAAGCUCUGCAAGGAAGUUCCCAACUACAAGCUUAUAACCCCAGCUGUGGCCUCGGAGAGACUGAAGAUUCAUGGUUCCUUGGCCAGGACAGCCCUUCAGGAGCUCCUCAGUAAAGGACUUAUUAAACUAGUCUCAAAGCACAGAGCUCAGUGAUUUACACCAGAAACACCAAAGGUGGGGAUG